AUGUUCCUGUUACUGUGUGGGUGCGUUUGUGUGUCCCCUCUCACCUUGGCUGCGGGCACUCUGCAGCGGGUAGUUCGUCGACUUUUUACCCCCCACCCCUUCCACUCGAUUUCACAUCUGGAUCCACCGUCUGUAUCCGUGCGUCUCGACGGCGGCUCCGUUAAACCAGGCGCCUUGUCGCCUGAACCCCCUGAGACCUUUCUUGUGUUCUUCCUUCGACUGAUCGAUAAGAAUCCCUCUUUUGUGACCUCCCAUCUGCUCACCGACUGCUUUGAAUGUGUUGGAGUCCUCACCGUCCGUUGGGGUCAAAUUUUCUUCCUAUUCGCCUGUGUGGCCUCACCAAGGUCCAGAGUUCGAAUCCUCGUCGUGCAAUCAUAUUGUAAAAGUCCCAACUACCACGUGUGCUUGCGCUUGCUGACGCUCUCGAUCUCCAGUUCGGCGCGGGUGCGCCUAGAGGCUCGCAUCGCGAUCCACACAGGCGAGGCCUACGCGGCGGUCUUGGGCCAGUCGAUGUUGACCUUUGACCUUCUAGGGCCCGACCUGGUCCAUCUGAGGCGCCAUCUUCGAGGUGCGGCGCAGUCGGGUCGUGUUCUCGUGUCACGAGCGACCUUCGAUCAGCUACCGGAGGGCUAUGAGGGUGAAAUCGGACCCACAGUCUCGGGCAACGGUAGACAGGUCCACUUGGAGACUUUCUUUGUUCAGCUAUGCAAGAGUCCUGACGAUACGUUGGAGCAGGCAUCUGCAGACCGCGGCGACUCUCGGUGGCCGACUCUUGGAGAGUCGAUUUCCACGGGAAGUCUUGCGCCCUGUUUUGCGCGCCUUGCUCGAGCCUCUGCCAACCGCGGCGACGGACACACCACCAACUCCGAGGCCGGUCCUCUGGAUGCCAUCUUUAGCCCCAACGGUGACAAGGAAGUCCUGAUAUCCGCGCUUCGCGAGUCCGUGAUUCGACAGCUCAAGACCACGGAUCAUCGCAAGGACGCAGGCGACGAGUAUGGCGGCGACCAAGUUGAUGCCUGCUUGACCGGACAAUGCAACCACGGAACUGCCCCUCCGUACUCACGAUCUUCGUGGGACGUCCCCGACACGAUGAUCUCGCGCCUCGAGAGAGCCCUUUUGCCGCCAUCUUUCACGGAGCCUCUGCACCUCCUUGUUGGGCUUUGUCACACCAUCAAGACCCACCCCGCCGACUUCUCUUGGCCCACCUUCUGCCCCCCUCCUCCGCCUCAUCCCUCGCUGGAGGCCGCGGACUGUCCACACUGCCUCAUCACCGACAGUUGUGAGCGUCUGGUGCACUCCUCGGCAACCCUGGACCCGACCGCGUCGACUUCCUGUGUGGGUUGUCCCAUCUACACCAACUACGAUGUAAUGUGCCCGCUGGCAGAUUCGCUUCUGUGGUCGUCGCUUUUCCUUCGACGCGCUCAACUGGUGUCAGUGCAAAGGGCGGCUGUUUGGACGGUCUGUCUCCUGGUGCUCAUCGGAUUGGCUGGUGGUCUCCUCGUGUCUAGAAUCUCUCUCGCCCUGGUGAUCUACCCCUGUAUCGUGAUUUGGUGUCUACUGCUACUGGGAGUCCUGUCAAUCCGUCGACUUGAUACUUCAGUGUGUCUUCCAGUGACCCUGCGUCAGGCGUGUGUAGUCUUCACUCUGUUCCUGCUCCUAGCGUCUUUCCUGUUCCUUUUGUCUUGCUUCAUAAUUGAAUUAGUCGAGCCGAUUACUCUUGUCGCCUGCACCCCUAUCCCCCUCUCAGACAAGAAUCAACAGUUCUUUGUCGCACAGACUUGCUCUGUGCCGCCAGACGUCUGCAAAAGCAGACCUAGUCCACCCGCACCCCCCAUUCACCUAGCCCACACCCACAGACCCUCGUCUGAGCGCCGAUCGCCCCAACACCCUUUGCCCGGCGUGCAGUCUAGUCUAGCAGUUUCCAGCGCAUUCGUCGAACGCAGAACGCAGCCUGUGGGAGAGGGGUGGGUUGGGCAUGAAGCGGGUCUGGUGGUACCCACGAGCCUGGCCUCCUCUUCUUCCACUCCAGCACCCUCACGUUUCGACGGAAGUUUGCCUCUUGUAGCGUUUUUAUCGGCAGAUACACGGACUGAGUGCUGGAAGGAGGGACACGUGAAGCGGGCGAACUGCGCGCUGACUCAUAGUCGUAUAUUCGGUCGUUUUGAUAGUCCCAUAACAACGGAGUCCCUCUCCACAAAGACACCGGCUCUGCUGCUGGACUUCGGGUCGAUAUGGGUUCGCCCCCCAAACCUCGAGACCGCCAGCCUCCUCGCCUGCCUCGCCCUCCUUCUAGCCCUGCCGGUCUCCCUUGGCACGUCCUCGGUCACCCCGCUAGUCAGCACCGCGAUCGUGACCGCCUUGUUUGCCGCCCUUCACUUAACCUCCGCGAUCUCCCGCUUCGCCAAACUCCCCUAUUCCUCAACUAACCCCGGCUCCCUGGCACUGUGGGCAAGCACUCUGCCCGACGCCGUCUUCGCCCACGGCGUCUUUAUCGCCCUCGUCUGCCUGCUGCCGUGGCAAACGGGCCGACUUCGCGAGUGGACAAUCAAGUGGAUUCAACUGUUGCUGGAGCGAAAGGCUGAGGUUUCCAAGUCCCGGUUUGCGUUGGCUCGUCUUCUGGAGAACUGCGUUCCACGCAGCCACCUUCUUGAACUCCUCGACGCUCAAUCUGGCUCCGGCAGCCACCAGAGUAGCUCGUGCUUUCACCCCCAGGAACACCCGCGGACCGGUGUUAUCGCUGUAUCAGUUCAUGGCACAAGUAAGGGUGACGAACUGCUGGACCUUCAGCGUUCGACAGCGCGGACAACUCCCAUGUCGGUGUCGUCCUCCGUCCACGAUAGACGCUCCACCUCGGCGAUGACGUCAUCCACCCUGACCGCGAGUCAUCGCUCCCGUCAGGCCACAGUGGUUGCCGACUGUGUCCGCAAGCUCAACCGUCUCAUCUGUGUGGUCGAUCGACUCGCGGCCGGCGAAAUCUCCACCGGCGACAAAACCGUCGACAACGCUCUCAAGAAGCUUCCUCCUGCUUCAACACGCCUUCCGCUCACAAAGAUCUACUCCGUUGGAAACACCGUCGCGUAUGCCUUCUUCGAUGGUGACGCCACCGACUCCGUGCCUCAGCUCGGCCUUUUUGCGCAAUUCCUCAUCCAACUGUUUGACGAAUUCAAUCGCCAGACCCUGCUGCACACGUCAGCCGACGAAAAUCUCUCCUGUCGAGUCGAGAUCGGCCUGCACUGUGGAUCCAGCGUCACCGGCAUCGUAGACGGUCCGAGGUUCCUCGUCCUCCACGAGAUCCUCGACUACGCGCUGCAGCUUGCCUCUUGUUGCUCCACCACCACCACCAACGAUCGUAGCCUGCCUGCUGUGGUCUGCGCCUCGUCCGAGUUCGUCUCUCGCAUGGGCACCAGUGCUGCGGACAUUCUUCUUGGCAUGCUGCCAGUCGGCACAGAUGGGAGUGUGUUUGUUUGGUGUCCGGACUCCCAGAAAACUGCCCAAUUGGCCUCGUCGUUCGUGUCGCCUCCCCCAAGACACACUGUCCCCUCGGUCAGGAAAAGGUCUAAGAAACUAGUCUCUACUUCCCCGGAAUUCGCACAUCCGCGCUCGCCUCCAUCGGCGCCAGGCAAUUCCUCGGCCAGCACCACCUACAGUGGACUUCAGCCUCCCCCGUUGCCGCCUCAUAAACGAAACUACGCGAUUGGCGAGGCUCCUCCUGCUCGUUACCAGAAUCACUCCCCAUUAGCAAGUUUCGGCACUCGUCCCCACAUUGGCCGAGAUAGAAAGCUCUCUUCGCCACUCCUGCCGCACCAAUCAGAUCUGACGAACCGCCAGUGGGCGCACAAAUCGAUAUCGUGUGACGUGCCGCUGCCGCCAUUGAAGGGAGGACCUGUCGGUUGGACGAACGAAGAAUCGCCCUCUGGGGACAAUGUUGAUAGGGCCUGCUUCGUAAUGAACCCCGUUGAAAUCGUCAAUGGUUACGCCCAACCGACGACACGCAUGCUAACAGGCCGACCGAAUCGAUCGUUGUCUCCCGAAUCCUCGCACUUCGUCGCCAGAGCCCCGCCCCACUGCAUUACAAACGAUCCCACGCGUCCUGCAGCCGCCUUCAACCUGGACCAAUCGAAAACCUUGGACGCGUUCUCCGGCUACGCCAAUCACGUGCGACAGACGACCAAAUCCACGUCUGUCGAGCGUUCCCCUGUGCCUCCUCCUCCUCCUGUUCCCCCGAUUCAAGUGGAACCUGCGCUUUCGACCAAUAACAAUCACUCUCCGGCGGAGGCUGGCGGCGCCACGGCCUCCAUCACGUCUGACGACCUCUUCCUUGCCGUGGAACGCGCCUGCGAAAGGGCGGAGGGCUCUCGCAGUGAGGGCGUGACAAGUCUCUCCUCUGCCUCCAACUCCAGCAGCCUCCAGAUGGCUCCGCUUUCCUCCCGUCACCAUAGCAACCCCCUGUACACGGACAACGAGUACUACGACGACGACGAGGACGAGGUCGACGCUGAGUCGCACAUGCCUCCCUCGCAUGAUGAUGGCGUCCCAGCGGGACCUCUGGACGCGGGUGUGGCGUGGCUUCAACAGGUCCCUCUAGCGUCCACCAGCCACCGCCAGCAGCAGUACAUGGUUGGGGAGGUCACGGAGUCGUUCAUGUCAAACGGAUCCAACUUUCCUAAUUACCGCCGACCAAACACACCGCCUUCCAUAACGCACGGAGUCGCGCGUCACACCGUCUACGACCCGCCCUUGGCAUCGACCACACCUCUGACCGGCAGCGCGGGUAGAAGGGCUUCCGAGGUGCCAGUUUCGGCUGUCAACCAGACAACCUACAGGGACUUUCACGACAAAGACGCCGCAUCCAUCGACCUCCUGAGUACUCGUGUUGCUCUCUCCGCUGGAUGUGAAUACGAAUUCGAAGUAGGCACGACAGAUUUCGCCGAUGACGACGACGACACGUCAAGGGCUGACGUCCUCCUGGAUGGCGAAGACGCUGCCACUGAGGCGACCUCGAAUCGGCCCCAAUCAGGAGUCAUUCCCCUGCUCAUGGAGUCCUCCUGGAUUUCGUCAACAGAUGGAGGAGGAGGAGGAGGUGUAGGAGAAGCUGGUGGUACCUCUCCAAAGACGUCUGCAAAGGCAACAGAGGCUUCCAAAAUGAGCGAAUCUCUGCUCGUGGAGACUGGAGGAGCCCUGGAGGACGACUUUUCUGAACUGUCUUCAGCGGCAGCUGGUAAUCCUCCAAUCAGCGAGGCUGCCUCUUCACGAAAUGUACUAUUUGGCGACCCCAGCGAUAUUGAAGAUGACGACGGUUCGUUCCUGGAGAAUGCGUACUUCCCCCUGACGGAAGACGACCAAUCGGAUGUGAGGCCUCCGGAGACAAGGCGCCUCCCGGACAUUGCACCCGUCGGUCUGCCUAACUUUGGAGCCAAUCAGCGUUCACCACCACCACCACCGCCCCUGCAGAUCCAAUCCACCAAUCACAGAUCACCUCCUGUGGUUAAUGGGCGGCACUUUCUGGUGGAUCUCACAAGCCCCCAGAAACCGACGAUCACUGCGGGCGAAGAGAUAGCUGAAUAUGAUAACCUCGCGAACGCCUUUUCAUCUCCUGCAUCCACGAAGCUGCUACCAGCUAAUCAUGUGAGCCCGCGUCACCGGGUUCUGGGGGCAGCCAAGCGGGUUCAAGGUUGGCGUCCGCGAGACCCUCGGCAUCACCUUGGUUCCUCGAAAGCCCGCGGGCCCAGGAAGCAUAGAGCGCCUUAUCAGCGCAUCCCGAUGUCUUUUUUCAACGCCGACAUUGUGAACGAAGCACGGAGGAUUAGUCAGCGCUUCCAGGCCAUGGGUUGGAAGUCCGCACUCUCAAUCAAGGAGAUUUCUUCGUCAUCUGGUGAAAAUAGCCUGUCGAAGAACUGUGCUCGCGACCGUCUAGACGACGUGGCGCCGACUCCAUCGGCCGUCAAAACCCUCCUUCUCUUCCCCCGGCCAAGACGAGGCACACGGUGUGGCGGUGGUGAGUACGUGAACGCGCACAGCCUCCUGCGUCGACUGCGUGACCUUGACAGUGGGACCGUUACCACGGUAACGUCACACAUUGACGACGACGACGACGACGACCAAAUGACAGACAACGGAACUUUUGACCGCAAUUUGCAUGUGGAUGAGGAGCAGGCACGCUUGUUGAUAUCUGCUGACCUGUGGCUUGACUCUGGAAGGCCACGCUCUCUAAGCAAUGACUGUUUGACCCGUGUCACUGGGGAUCUUUCGAGCUUCGAGAACUCCAGCGACGAGGAGAGCCAUAGCCCACCGCGUUUCCACUCGCACGGAUGCCGGAAACGCGAGGGUCUGGCGCGCGACCUUGUCCUGCGUCGCGCCGCCAACGUGCGCCAACUCCUGCCCCUGGAGCUCCAGCCCUUCGUGAUGCCCGGCUGCGUGAGCAGCCUCUCGCCCUCGACCUACGUGGCGUCGUUCCCUCGUGGCUGGGAGGACCCCACGCACCACACAGGCGCCGCCCUGAUGACCGCGCCACGCAGACGCCGCGUGCAGCACCAUCUGGUGUUCGUGCGGGACGAGGACCGGCCUAGGCGCUGCUCGAGCGACCCCCAGCUUCUGGGUGCGGGCGCGGGCACCGACUUGGGCGUCAGUCUCAUGUGA